AUGUUGCAGAGUCGGCCACAAGAGGACAAUGAGGCGAUGACGCGCUUCAAGAAGCGCACGGCCGUCAUCAAGUCGAACAACUCCGAGGUCAUCCAGUCGCGCAGGACGGGUGGCCAGGCCUUCAGCAUGCCUCAACUUUCCAAGGGCUGCGUGUUCAAGAAGCAUGCAAGUGGUCCGGACAAGUUUGCCGUGCAACAUCUACUGGGCUUGGCGAGGUGGAGGAUACUGGACUUGUGCAGAGAGCCAGCUCCAAGUCCAAAUGAGGCAGGUCGUGAUGUCCGCUUCCAGCGAACCCAGGACAACGGCAUCCUUACGUUUGCCGCCCAGUGCCAUUUGGUCAUUGCGGACAACCUGGCCGAUUUCGCGGUGGAAGAAACGACUUCACGAAGCUGGGCCAAGGUGGCCUGCACGGUCGCCGCCUUUGGCCGCGCAGUGGUUUCCAAGGAUGCUUGGGUCGCCUUUGCGACUGGGUCAGGGCAGCUUACUGGCUUAGUGUGUCAUCGUCGGGCCCUGGACGUGCGGACGGUGCUCAUCUAUGACCCGGAACCCGGGGCUCAGGAAGCGUCAGACUUCCUGGCGAAACCAAAGGCUCGCCCAAAGUUCAUGGCCCGGCGGGGUCGUCCUGCUGCUGCUAAGAUUGUGAAGCUUCAGCGUGCCGCAGCGGCUGCCGUGCUGUGGCAGCUCUUUAAGCAGAUUCGCAGCCUCGACCGUGCCGCAGGCGUCUCACACAACUCUUUGGGGUGA